AGGGAUCCAGGGGUGAUCCGGGAAAUUACAGGCCGGUUAGCUUAACAUCCGUUUCAGGCAAAUUGUUGGAAAGCAUCCUCAAGGAUAAAAUUGUAAAGCACGUAGAAGAACAGGCCCUGCUGGGAGUGAACCAUCAUGGGUUCUGCAAAGCAAUUUCUUCCAAAAUGUCAUCCUACACGGAGGCCUUGAUGGACCCUUCUCCAGAGCGAUGGUUGGAAAAAUUGGACUAACACAGCUUAUUACUGAGUUUGAAGAAGACUGCAAGAAGUUUGCUGCCACCUCUGAAUCCUCCCUCCCGGAGAAGUUCUCAGUGGCUCAGAUCUUUGAGGAAAUGGGAAAAGGAGAAGCCUUCAACCCAGCCCUCCUGCAGGCUGCACAGACUCUCAAGGACAACGGCUUCAAGAUUGCUGUCCUGACAAAUAACUGGAUCGAUGACAGCCCCAAGCGGAAGUACACGGGGCUGACGUUCUGUCUCCUGAGGAGGUACUUCGAUAUGGUGUUUGAGUCAUGUCGUAUUGGACUACAGAAGCCAGAUCCCAGGAUUUAUGAAUACGUGUUGGAGGUGAUGAAGGCAAAACCCGAGGAGGUUAUUUUUCUGGAUGACAUUGGUGCGAACUUGAAGCCUGCUCAGGAGAUGGGGAUGGCCACCAUCCUAGUGAAAGAUGCUGAUACUGCUCUGAAGGAGCUGCAGGCUCUGACUGGGGUCCAGCUUAUUGGCCAGGAAGAACCCCUGCCUCCAGCAUGUGAGCCAGAGGAUGUAAGCCAUGGCUAUGUGACCAUCAAGCCUGGUACCCGCUUGCAUUAUGUGGAGUUGGGUAGUGGCCCAGUUGUCUGCCUCUGCCAUGGCUUCCCAGAGUCCUGGUUUUCUUGGAGGUACCAGAUCCCUGCUCUGGCUGACGCUGGCUUCCGGGUCCUUGCCUUGGAAAUGAAAGGCUACGGAGAUUCCACGGCUCCACCAGACAUAGAAGAGUAUUCCCAGGAAGAAAUAUGCAAGGAUCUGGUGGUCUUCCUGGACAAAAUGGGCAUCUCCCAAGCUACCUUCAUCGGCCAUGAUUGGGCUGGUGUCACCGUCUGGAACAUGGCUCUUUUCUACCCAGAGCGGCUCAAGGCAGUGGCCAGUCUGAAUACACCUUUCAGGGCUUCAAAUCCCACAGCGGAUGUAAUGAAGUUGAUUGAGGCCAUUCCUGUCUUUGACUACCAGCUCUACUUCCAGGAGCCGGGAGUUGCAGAGGCUGAACUAGCAAAGAACCUGAGCCGGACCUUUAAGUUCUUCAUCCGAUCGACCAGGAAGGAGGACCGAAUAGAGGGGCUUUCUCUUGAUCUUGCAAAUGUGCGGAAACGAGGGGGCGUGCUGGCAGGGCUCCCGGAAGACCCACCCCCGAGUUCUCUCCUGCCCGAUCCUGUGCUGCAGUUCUACAUCCAGCAGUAUCAGAAGUCUGGAUUCAGGGGGCCCCUGAACUGGUACCGAAACAUGCAAAAAAACUCGAGCUGGACCGGCUUUGCCCAGGACAGAAAGAUCAGAGUUCCAGCACUGAUGGUCACCGCCGGGAAAGACCGAGUUCUCCACCGCGAUUUGAGCAAAGGCAUGGAGGAGUGGGUCCCCCAGCUGAGCCGUGAGCACAUUGAGGAGUGCGGACACUUCACACAGAUGGAGAGGCCAGCAGCCGUGAACAAAAUUCUCAUUAAAUGGCUGGAGGGAGUUCACAAGAACGCUUCGCUGCAAAGGACUGCCAAGCUCUAAGUAGGACUUCACUUCAGCCCCGAAUUACUACUGGGAGAAUUUAUUUAGAGGAGGAGGAGCGGGAGCGGGUCCUAGAGAAUUGUUCUGAAAGCGUUGGAGGGAGUUCCAGAAAUGCAAUGUAUGUUUCUGUCAAUUAUGUGCAAAAAUCAGAUAUGCUGGAAGCAAGAGAAAGCUGACUACUCAAAAAGUGAUUUAAAAAAGCAGGAGUCUAAAAAUGUGCAGACAAAUGGGGUUUUGCUGUCCCUGGGUUCUCGGCUCACUUUGGCUCCGCUGAAAUUAAGAGGUGGGAGAAGAAAAAGCAAUUUAUGAGAACAGUCCAAGAAUGUUCUCAUUCUUUCUAAUUGGGAAAAUGUGCUUUGGCAGAAUAUUUUCACCAUCUUGGAAGCCUACCAAAUUGUUUGAGGUUCCAUUUGGCUUGGUGGUGACGAGCCCCUCACCCAGCUCCAAGAUGACUUGCAAGAUUUUUUAUUUUUUUUAAUUGUUGCAUGUGCUGCUUUGCUUUGCUCUGCUCUGGACUAACUACUCCGUUUUUGUGCUUUAUUCAGUCAGUCAAAACAGACACGCACAGGCUGCCCUGCUUUUGGAGAAUGCAGAGGAAGUCAGUCAUGUGUCGCCCUUCUGGUCUUUCUGCAUAACACGGAAGAUAUGGAGACCCCAGGAAAUGUGGGAUUCAGCAAAGAUGCCCUUUAUUUCUAGUUUGACCCUUGGUCUGUCUGUCUGCUUGGAGCUGUCAGGCAGAGAGGGGCCUUAACCAGCCUUGAUACCAGAAAAUCUUUAACCAGGUCUUUGUGGGUGCUGUGAUUGUACAGGAGCAGAAAAGGAAGUGUGUCAUGGAGUCGAUUUCGACACCUGGUGCCCACAGAGCCCUGUGGUUUCCUUUGGUAGAAUACAGGAAGGGGUUGACCAUUGCCGCCUCCCACACAAAGUGAGAUGAUGCCUUUCAGCAUCUUCCUAUAUCACCACUGCACGUUAUAGGUGUUUCCAAUAGUCUGGUAGUGGUUAGAGUGGUUAGACUGCUGGACUAGGACUGGGGAGAUCCGAGUUCAAAUCCCCAUGAUUCAGCCAUGAUACUUGCUGGGUGACUCUGGGCCAGUCACUUCUCUCUCAGCCUAACCUACUUCACAGGGUUAUUGUGAGGAGGAACUUAAGUGCGUAGGACACUGCUCUGGGCUCCUUGGAGGAAGAGCAGGAUAUAAAAUGUAAAACAAAAAAUUCAGCUUCCCAACAAUCUUGGCUUUAAUUAUCCAUUUUUAAAAACAAAGGCAAGUUUCAAGCCCUUACGCUUUCAGAGUAGGGCUGGAACAUUUACUCCAUUCUAAUCAGUUAGAUGGAUCAAGAUAUAUUUUUAAUUGACUCAAAGUUGCCCCUUAUUAACCAGGCAGGAGAUUUAAUACAAGUACCUAGGGGCAGGCCCUCUCAAAGUGCCAUCUUCCAAGAGGGUUUCCUUCCUGCUGUCCCUCAUAGGUGGAAACAAUCGUUUGAAGACUACAGCUGUGACAUCCUUUUUUUUUUUUUUUGGCAAAUUCAAUUUUUAUUGAUUUUAACAAUAGCAAUAUUAUCAUUCAUUAAAAAUACACACAUAGAAGAUGGACUUCCCGCUCACAUUUCUUCGUGAAUCAACAAAUAUAAAGUUUACCCUUGCUACAGCUGUGACAUCCUGUGCACACAUUGUCUAAGAACAGAGAGAGAAUGCUUUUUGCUCCAGACCCCUUGUUCUUAUCCAUAAGCAAAUUGAGUAGAUCAGGGGUGUUCAGACUUGGGUCUCCAGCUGUUGUUGACCAAACCACCCAUCAUCCCCAGCCCCAAUGGCCUUUGGCGAUUUGGAGCUGUAGUCCAACAACAUCCAGGGACCCAGGUUUGAUCUACUCCAGGGGUUCUCAGUCAAGAGCUUGUAUGGUUGUAAUCUAGGGUUUCCCAACUUUUGGUCCCCAGAUGUUGUUGAGAAUUCCCAUUGGCCAAAGGCCAUUGAGAGAGAACCCAUGUAAUCAAUAAACUGACUAAGAUUUCUUUAGUCAGGUGCCUUCUCCAUUGUAAAUAUAUCUGCUUAAAAGCAUUCGGGAAAUGGUGGCGAAAUUGCCCAAGCAUGAGAGGUGACUGAAUAAGAUUUGCAGGGGCUAGACGUAGAGUUUCUGUGUCCUACAUCUUUGCCCCUCUCCAAAUCACUACAAAUUCUGCAGCACAAGAGACAGUCUGAAUGGCUUCGUCCUUUGUUACCUGUGAGUGUCUUUCUCCACAAGAUCCUCACCAAGGAUCAUCAGGAGGGGUCUGUCUUCAGGUGCCACCGAUUCAUCUGGUGGCGAUCUGGGAUCAGGCCUUCUCGUUGCUCCUGGGUUGUGGAACACGCUUCCCCGUGGAUAGAAGAGGAUUGUCUUCCCUGGAGGCCUUCAGGAGAGCCUUACAGACCCAUCUUUUUAGCCUGGCUUUUAAUGCUAUUUAGUUUUAAUUGUUAACUUUAAUCUACAUUUAAUUGGUUUCUUAUUUUAAUUGUUAUGUAUUUUUUAUUUUAGUGUAAACCGUCUUGAGCCACUUUAGGAAGGACGGUAUAUAAAUAGAAUAAACAAACAAAUAAAUCUGUAGAUGUUGCCAGUUUGCACAAGCCAUGCCAAUCUCAGGAUUUGUGGGUUCAAGAUUGAACACCUGCUCCCGCCAGGGAUUAACCCAGGGGCCGGCCUGCCUUCAUACCUACCCGACAUGUGCCUUAGCCCUGGGCGAUAGCUGCUUCUUUUUGCUCAUUGUUGCUGCUGCUUCGGAGUGCAAGGUGAUAUCUGUAUAGAUUCUUGGGUGUUUGGCGCUUCCACUGCAGGCAGGGUCUUCCUUCCUGCUGCUUUUAUUGCUGUAAGAAUUCGUUGUACACCAUUUGUACUGGAUUAAAAGCUUUUAAAAUGGCA